AGCGGCGCCCAUAUAACGGCGCUCGCCGCGCCCCCCCCCCGACACUCGGCGGUGGUCGCUGCACAGACCGGAUCCUUCUCGCUCUCGCGCCUCGCUCCGCUUCUCUGCAACCAUGUCUGACAAGCCCGAUAUGGCUGAGAUCGAGAAAUUCGAUAAGUCGAAAUUGAAGAAGACAGAAACGCAAGAGAAAAAUCCACUGCCUUCCAAAGAAACGAUUGAACAGGAGAAGCAAGCAGGCGAGUCGUAAUGAGGCGAGCGCCGCCAAAAUGCACUGUACAUUCCACAAGCAUUGCCUUCUUAUUUUACUUCUUUUAGCUGUUUAACUUUGUAAGAUGCAAAGAGGUUGGAUCGAGUUUAAAUGACUGUGCUGCCCCUUUCUCAUCAAAAAAUCGAGAACUACUGACAACGAAGGCCGCGCCUGCCUCUCCCAUCUGCCUGUCUGGCUGGCAGGGAAGGAAAAGAACUUGCAUGUUGGUGAAGGAAGGAGUGGGGUGGGACGACAGUGAAAUCUAGAGUUAAAACCAAGCUGGCCCCAAGGUUUCCUGCAGGCUGUAAAAUGCAGUUUAAUCAGAGUGCCAUUUUUUUUUUGUUCAAAUGAUUUUAAUUAUUGGAAUGCACAAUUUUUUUAAUAUGCAAAUAAAAAGUUUUAAAAC